CCUUUUUAAAAAAUAAGGAGACACUGCCAAACCAAAUACUUACACAAAAGACUACUUGGAUUACAUUUUUUUCUGAGCUGACAUGGGGAACAAGCCAAUACUGACCAAAGUGUCUGUCAGCACAGCCGGGCCCAGUGAAACCUAAUCAUUUCAACGUAUUGCUUUUAAAUGUCUCGCUCUUAAAACGAUCCGUCGGCGACUUCUGGUGCAUCAGUGUAGGGGGUGGGACUGAUGAGCACCGACGAGAGAGAGAGACUCGGAGGUGUGGGGCCGAAAACAGUCCGCUGAGCAGACGCGGCCGCUCCAACAGUCCCCGUCCCCAGGAGUUCAUCGUGUGCCCGCCGACACCGGCAGUUUGAAAACGGCCGCAACCGGGGAGACUGGCGCCGGCAACGCGUCGUGUUUUACAGGCAAGGAGCCGGGGGAAAGGACGAAAGAGCAGAGGGACGGAGCCGUAACUUUUAAAAUAGUUUUAGUGGCUGGUGGUUUUUGCUGCUUUUCCGGCAGAGUCACGGAAAGAACGAUUUCAAGAUUGUCUACAAGGAAAGAGCCCGAAAGAGAAGGGAAAGACCACGAAUCAUGUUUUGAGUCAACGCAGCAUUAUGGCUCUCACCGUACAUCCGUGCCUUCUGUGUUACCAGACGAUGGUAUCAAGAGGUCAGGAUUCCCCUUUCUUGUUUGGGAAUUCCCUCUUGUGUUCACAGUGAGCGGGCAUAUUUCUUUUCAGUUAGUUUGACUCGAACAAAAGCAUGGUUUCGAACGAAUCAUGUCACAGUACCACAUGCAAUGACACUCUCACUGUGAAUGGGGACGGCAAGCCAGCAACCAGCAUCAUCAUGUUUUUGGCCGGUGUGGCGGGGAACCUCCUGGCUCUCUUCAUCCUCGGGGUGCACCAGAAGGAGCAUCGCUCCAGGUCCUCUGUCUUCUGCAUCCUGGUGACCGGCCUGGCCCUCACCGACCUGCUGGGUACCUGCCUCCUCAGCCCACCUGUGUUCAUCUGCUACGCCCGCAACAUGUCGCUGAUAAGUAUGGGUGGCAAAAGCCUUUGCAACCUCUUCGGCUUUGCCAUGAGUUUCUUCGGCCUGGCGCCCAUGCUCAUCCUGUGCGCCAUGGCUGUGGAGCGCUGCCUGGCCAUCAGCCAUCCUUACUUCUACUCUGUACACAUCCGCCGCAGCUUUGCCAAAUUUAGUCUCUUCUUUAUUUACCUCUUCUCUUUGGCCUUCUGCCUCCUGCCAUACAGCGGCUAUGGCAAAUUCAGACAGUACUGUCCCGGGACAUGGUGCUUCAUCGACAUGGAUGCGACAGGGGAUGACCGGGCCAACUUGGUGCUGGCCUUCUCUCUGUCCUACUCCUCCUUCAUGGCACUGCUGAUCUUUGCGGUGUUUGUGUGCAACGGUUCAGUGAUCGUCAGCCUGUGCAAGAUGCACCGGAGCCAGCUGACGCGCCGCGGCUCAGCCGGGUCGACAGGGAGGAGGAAGAGGCUGAGUCUGGCCUGGUUCGGACAGGGGGAGGAGGAGAUGGACCACCUGGUGCUGCUGGCUCUCAUCACUGUUAUCUUUGUGGUCUGCUCCCUACCGCUCACUAUUUCAGGGUUUAUCAAUGCCAUUCAUCCAUUUUGUGGCGACACGGAGAACCUAACAGCCUUCCGCUUCUAUGCCCUCAACCCCAUCGUGGACCCAUGGGUCUUCAUCAUCUGCCGCAAGUCUGUGUUUCACCACCUUUGCUCUCUGCUGAGCUGCCGCUUCAGCAAAGGAGCAGUGAAGACAACAGCACACUGCUCUCUGUCUUUACCCCUUGACAAUCACAUGCACCAUAACCCCUCGGACGUGACAGUCUCACAGACCAAGAUGUAUUCCAGUUUACCUCUGUGACCCAACGCGAACCCUCGGCUGUGGAGGGUGAGAGGGACUGGAGGCUGGGGAGUCUUUCAUGUCUGAAAUACAUUAGGGGCAAAUUUGUGAAAUUAAACUUUAACAUUUUGACAAAGAGGUAUCUGUCACAAUGGAAAUCUUCUGUACAUGGCCUUUACAGUUUCUCUGUGAACUUACUUUGGAAGAAUGAUUGCACAAGGUGUUAAACUUCCACUGUUUUUAAUUUGCAGGGACAGCUGUGCCAUAAAACAAACAGCAAUGUAACUUAGCACUAAGGAACACAUCAAACCAUAUCAUGUCUAUGAAUAAUACAUCAUAAAAUCUGAAUAUAUUUACUCGGGUAAAGCUAUAUGGGUAAACAAUAUGCAUGAAUGUAUACUGUUUUCGUUUUUUUCCCUCAGUCCAUCAGCCUUUUCGUUAAGCAACAACCAGGUGACUUUUGGACGAUGAACUGUCCAUAUCUACAGCAUCUUUGACACGGGUGACACCCGACAUGAAGAUGACCUGCAAGUACAUCUUAUUUCAAUACCUGUCAUCGCUGGGGUCGAUGAUAUAUUAAUCAAUUUCACCUGACCAGAAUUUUAACGUGGGUGUGAUCCAAAAGAGACAGUGAGGAGGAGUUAUCACUACACUGCCACUAUAUAGCGACUGAUAUUUUCAUACUUGUACAAUAUGUACAAGAAGAAGGAUAAAUUAAAGCAUUAGCAGGCUAACAAGACUACAGCAGCGUAGAGGUGCUUUGAGCUAAAUGCUAAUGUCAUCAUGCUAACAUGCUCACAAUGAUAAUGCUAACAUGCUGAUGUUUAGCAGGUACAAUGUUAACAAUGCUGAACAUCCUCCUUUAGUGUGUACACAUGCUAAUAUUUAGUAAUUAGCACUAAACACAAAGUACAGCUGGGGGUGACGGGAAUGUCAUUAGUUUUAGGUCAUAAGCCAAAGUAAUGGCUGCAAAAUUUUGCCCUUAUGAUGUUGCUAAAUGAAAAGGGGUCAGCAAAGUUAGCACAAUUCAUAGAUCACCAUAGAUCACUGUACCAAAUUUCAUUGCAAUCCAUCCAAUAGUUGUCGAUGGUGGCGCUAGACGAAAAGUCAGGGGGUCACUGAGAGUUGGAGGUAAAUCUUCAUCGUCUCUGGAACAUGGAUGUCUGUGCUAUGAGAUUCUAUGGCCGUCCGUCAGCCUUGACCAAAGUGUUGUGCCACUGCUAGUAUAUCUAAAAAAGUGUUUUUCUGAAACUCAGAUCUUCAAUUUAGAUGAAUUACUUCUUGUCUAUAGAGUGCAAGUCUGGGUCCCAGCUGUGUUGCAUUUACAUCGUGCCCGUGUAAAUGGUGUUGGAAAUGGUCCUCUGCCUAUCAGCAAGCACUUGUCUGAAACAUAGCGCUGGUUGGUCUUUGUUGAAACAGACCAAAUAAUCAACUUUUAACCUUUUACCACCCAAAGUUUCACCUGCAGCACAUACUGCUAGUACUAUGAAAUUUUAGUAAUUUAUGGUACAGUAGAAUCGCAUCUUUUAGUUUGUUGUGGUCAACCUGUUGUACAAAUGAUCAAAGCACUCUAGCAGUCCAAAAAUGGAGUAAAUUAAAAGUAAAAAUAGUUGAUUUGAUUUAAUUUAGGAUAAAGUUAAAGGUUUAAUCUCUGAAGUUAAUCCUGCCUGUUGCCAAAAUUCAACUCUUUUAAUCCUCUGUCAGGAAACCAGAUCAGUUAAUCCUAAAUUUAGGACUAUUCCUAGCUAUGCCUGAGAGUUUCGUUAAUCAGGUUUAAAAGGGUACUUAAUUAUCAAACUAGGCUUUAUUCCUGUUCCUUGCCCAAUCAUUGUAUUGCAUGAAUAUCGGAUUCCACCUCACUGAUUUCUAAGCUACCUAUGAUGAUUGUCUGUAAAUGUUUUUUAAGAGCCUCUUGCUUUUGGGGGAAAAAAAAAAAAAAAAAAACUGCUGCUGCAAAAUGCACUGAGAGAAUUAAUCUUUUGUUGUUGCUGUGAUUUUAAUGCUGUACUUGCAUUUAAAUGUAGUGUAUUUAUGCCUUUUCACUGGGCCAUGAUGUAGUGUAUUCUUAUGAUUGUGUUGGUUUGGUUCAUACAGUACAGAGAUAUAGGAAUAACGGACAUAGUGAUUUGAGUUCAGUUUCUCUCCCUGUGUUGCACUUUCAUUUUUCGCUUUAUGUCAGACAUGUUACCACUUGCACAUUUUGUUCAUUGAGGGUAUAAUUAUUUGAGUUUUUCAUCCAUUAAAAUGAAUAAAAUAAUGCAUUUUUUGGUACACAUUUUGUUCAUGUGAAAUAAAAUAUUAA